AUGGCGGAGAACGUCGAGGCAUGGACCUUGUUGUCCUUGGCUCUGGCCACAAUCCUUGUGCGUAUCUCUGUACGAUGGAAGCUUGUGGGCCCAGCCCAUUUCCAGCUUGAUGAUUAUCUUAUGCCACUGGCGGGGAUCUUCUUCACCCUCGAAACGGUUGCGGCGUACCUUGUUGGUGCCAAUUUCGAAGGCCUGACCAACAGCUACAUGACGCCUGAACAGCGAGCGGCCCUUAGCCCAGAUUCGAGGGAGUGGUCAAAUCGUGUUGCUGGGUCCAAGAUUCAGGUCAUUGGAUGGUCAUUAUACGUGGCUAUUCUCUGGCUGGUCAAGUUUUCCCUGACAGUCUUCUACUCUCGGUUGACGACUGGCCUCCAACACCUCCCCACCCGAGUUCGACUCGCAUACAUUAUCCUUGCUGUGACAUAUUUCGCAACCGAGCUGUCCAUCCUUUUAUCAUGCCAGCCCUUCCAUGCGUUCUGGCAGAUUAAUCCUGACCCCGGGAACCUUUGUCAGCCAACCAACUCUCGCGUGUAUGUUUUCGUCGUCGUGGUCCUCGACGUCCUCACGGACAUCUACCUCCUCUUGAUCCCGCUUCCACUGCUUUGGCAGGUCAAGAUCGGCCUGAAACGGAAGAUCCCACUUAUGGCCCUCUUUUCGGGCGCUGCGUUCGUCAUUACAGCAGCGAUUAUUCGGGCUGUUAUGAUCACCACCUCCGGCCCCGAAGGCGCCGUAGCCGGAUCUAAAUGGGCUUGCCGCGAAACCUUCGUCUCAGUCGUCGUAUCCAACCUGCCCAUCAUACAACCCCUAAUCCGCAAGGGCUUCAGGAAGAUCGGGCUCUCCCAACUCUUCAGCUCCUCGGGCAAGCCCUCAGGACAGUCAUACCCACUCUCCAGCCGUGGUCUACAGACCUUGACAAAUCGCGGUGAGCGCAGCGCUAAAAAGAGCAAGAGUGCCACAGGGCCAUCGCAUACGCAGGUUUCCGCAUGGGGGAGUGACGAGCACAUCCUCACUGGGCCUGAGCCUACCUCCAAGGAUAUUACGGUUGUCUCGGAGACUAUCGUGCAGAGUGAGCCUUGGGUGAGGGAGGAGGGACAGGGCGUGGGCCAUGCGGCAACGUCGCCAAAAGAAUGGGAUGGUCGGUUAUCCGGUCGAUAA